AUGGCCGGCAACAGCAGCGCCAGCAUGCGGGACCGCGUGGACGUCUGCCUGAACGAACACCGCUUCAUCGCGUACAAGCUGCUCGAGUCGCUCUCGCAUGCGUCGUCCAACACGACGCCGGCGAUCCUGCGCACGACCGACUCGCUCUUCGAGGCCAUCCUCAAGAAGGACCGUGUCCUCCUCCAGACCGUCAAGCAGCUGAACGCGCACCAGGCCGCACAGAAGGAUCUCGAGAACCUCAAGGCGCAGAUCGCAGAAAAAGAAGCCAAGAUCGUGCAGUACGCCCGCGAGCUCCGAGGCGGGCAAAAGGCCAUCUCCAACGUGCUGCUCAAGCACCGCCGAGUGCUCUCGAACGCCAAGGCGUCGUCGACAACGUCCCACAUGAAGCCCCAGGACAUCAUUGCCUACGCCCACAAGGUCGCAUCGACGUCGAGCGCGCCCGCGGGCUGGCAGCCAGGGUACCCGAUGUUUGGCUUCAUGCCGCCAGCGCCGACGCCCGAGAUGAUGCGCGCAGGCGUUCUCAGUCGCGGCCUUAUCGACUCGAUCGUGACCAAGGAGACCUCGUCGUACACGUCCACAAAGCGGUCACUGGACGCGUCGUCGGCCGGCGUGCCAUCGGCGGUCGGCGACGUCCGCAUCGGCCUCGGUAUCUCGGACGAGGAGAUUAGUAAACUCAUUCCGCCGGGGUGGAAGCCAGGUGAUCCGAUCGACUUGCCCGCCGAAGCGCUCGUGCGCCUUCGCGGCCCGUCUGUCUUUGCGGAGCAUGGCAUCGAGGUGCCCGGCCACAUCCUCAAGGCCAUCCUCGAGCAGCCGAUCCCGCCCUUGUACAUGGAGCAGCUCCGUGCCAAGCUCGAAGAAAAGACACCUAGUCACGUCGAUAAGAAGCCGCGGCUCGAUGACGCGCCAGACGAGGCCAGCUCGGAGAGUUCGAGCUCGAGCGACGAAGGGUCGGACGCUUCCGACUCGGAGUCGGAGCAAGUGCCCAAGAUCCGGAUGACGCUCUCGGACUCGGAAGACGACGACUAG